AAGAAAAUUCGACCAAAUUAUGAGUUAUUAAAUCAUUAUCUUCUCCAUGGCCAGUGGGUUGUUGAAGCCUUUGAUUUCAGCUGCUGCCUUCACUCGCUAUUCUCACCCUUCAUUUCUUGGACUCACAGUGCCUAUAACCCUUUCAAAUAAACCACAAAUCAAAGCUCCAUCGGCAAAAAUGGCCACUCAACCCAACACUAAAUCCAAUUCUAUCAAAAUCAUUGAUUCACAUCUUCACGUCUGGGCAUCUCCCCAAGAGGCUGCGGAUAAAUACCCUUACUUCCCUGGCCAAGAACCCACGCUGAGUGGAGAAGUACAAUUCUUGCUUCAGAACAUGGAAGAAGCAGGUGUAGAUGGUGCACUAAUUGUGCAGCCCAUUAAUCAUAUGUUUGAUCAUUCUUUAGUGACAAGUGUCCUGAAGAAGUAUCCAACCAAAUUUGUUGGUUGCUGCCUUGCAAAUCCUGCAGAAGAUGGAAUUGGACUGAAACAGCUUGAAGAACUUGUCUUGAAGGAUGGUUAUCGUGCUGUUCGAUUUAAUCCAUAUUUGUGGCCAUUUGAUCAAAAGAUGACAAAUAAUGUUGGGAAGGCAUUGUUUUCCAAAGCAGGAGAACUUGGGGUACCAGUUGGUUUCAUGUGUUUUAAGGGACUUGAUCUUCAUAUUGCAGAAAUUCUGGAACUUUGUACAGAAUUUCCUUCAACAGUAGUAUUGAUUGAUCAUUUGGGUUUCUGCAAGCCACCAACCAAUGAUGAAGAAAAUCUGGUCUUUUCUGAGCUUCUGAAGUUAUCCGGAUUCCCACAGGUAUAUAUUAAAUUCAGUGCCCUGUUCAGGGUGUCGAGAAUGUCAUGCCCAUACCAAGAUUUAUCGCCCCUUCUCUCACAAGUUGUCUCCAGCUUUGGUGCAAACCGUGUCAUGUGGGGCAGUGAUUUCCCUUUUGUUAUUCCAGAAUGUGGUUACACUGGAGCAAAAGAUGCAGCCUUUUCAAUUGCCAAUCAAGUACAUUUAUCAUCUCCUGAGUUGGAGUGGAUAAUGGGUAAAACAGUCAUGCAACUCUUCAAGGGUCGCUGGCUUUCAUGAGCAAAUAUCAUGGAACCUUGCAGAUAAUGAUAUUAAUUGUCCAUUUGUCAUGCAAAUCAUAAAAUCAACUACUUGUCCGCACGUUGUUAUUAAAUCUUUUAAAUUAUUGAUAUAAAAUUAUGGUGUAAAUUUAGUUUUUUU